GGUCACUAGUUCAAAUCUAACUGGUGUUGGUAGUGGCCAGAAAAUGUCGUGUGGGGUCAGUGGUCUGUGUGAAAUACAUGAAUCUGUUUUAGCUUCCUUUCUGGUUCGGCAGGACUUUUUCCCCUGUUCUUGGCAAAACAUCCAAAAUACACUGAGGAAAGAUGUGCUGAUUGGUAUGGACCUAGAUUAGGAUGUGCAAAAUCUGUAUUUGCUUUCAGGACUUCUGUAGACUUCCUGUGUGAGGCUGAGAAAGUUGCUUCAUUUCGCUUUGAUUUGUUCUCAGUAUAGUGGUAUCAGCAAUGCUGCCUCACUUUUUUUCGAUCUGUUGUUUGAAGUGCAGGCAGUCCUCAGCAGGGUUAGUCUGCGUAGGAUGCAUAGCAAAUAGGAGACAAUUUUUGUACUGAUAAUGGGUAUACUACGAUCAUUUAUAACAUGAGUCAAGUCUUUCAGAUAGUGGAAUUCUAAUUUCAUUUUGGGCAAAAUCCAGCAUGUUAGCCAUCUGCCUUCCUGGUUUGGGUAGUGGAGGACAGGAAUCUAUUUCUGCAUUGUUGUGCUUUUUGAUAGAAAAUUAUUUGACUACUUAAACUAGGAGGCAAAGUUGAAUCAGAACUGGAACUGCUAUUUUGGAAUUACCAUAUUCCGUUUGCAGAAAUGAGUUAAAAGGCAUCUAGGACCAGGGCACACUUUUGGUUUUUUAUAGUGGUGUUUUAUGUGCUGUGUAUGGUUCUUCAAGGAUUUAAAUUCUGUUUGUAUAUGUUAAUUACUUUUAUCUCAGCUUUAUGAAAUCAGUAGUAUCCUGCCUUUCUGGAUUGGGGAACUGAGGUACACGUGCUGAUUUUCUUAUCUAAGAUUUUACUGAAUCAUUAGUAGAGAAGGGACCAGCACUGUCUGGUUGCCAGGUGUACACUUCAGCUAGUGUCUUCCAGCAUCAGUAAGAUUUUGAAAAAAAUAAUGUGGAAAACUAAUUUCACUUGGGUAUACAAAAAGAUCCCUUAACACAAAGCAUCUCUGUCAUCUUUUGCAAAGUACAGAAUUUGUAUUUUUUUUUUUUAACACAGCAUUUUUUUGCAAAAUAUAGAUAAGUAGAUACUAGGCUGGCAGAUAGGUAGAUAGAAUUAGAUCUCACUUAAAUGCAGGAUCCUCUGUCAAACAGUGUAUGAGCUACAUACCAAGAAGGUGGGAUAGGAAGAGGGACUUGUUCUUCUUUCUAUUGUAUAUUCAUCAGCUGAGUAAAGAUGUCACAAAAGACCUAGUUUUUCACAUGCUGAAUGGAGAUGGUCUUUCUAUCCUGAGUUUAUUGGAAGCAAAACGGAAUGCAGUAAGUCUCUUGUGUGACCUGGCCAUCCCUGUGAUUCAUUAUCCAGGAGAUCCAUUAUCCCUUUGUGUGAUUGAAAGUGUUGAUAGGAAAUAGAAAUAAUAUGAUCCAGUAUUAGCUGUUAUCUGAAGAUUUUGCAGUUUACCUUCUGAUGGAACUGGAAUGUAUAAUCAUUCCAAGUGCACCAGGCUGUAUAUAGAUGUUUGGUUUUUGUAGUGGGAAGACUGACUAUUAUGCCGUAUCUCCAUUACCUAUUUCUAUGUGAGUGCUGUGUGUCCAGUGUUCUGCAUCCUUCCCUUCUACCCUGGUUGGCAGGCUGCCAGGAGCCUUCAACUUCCAUGAAUGCAGAUGUUGGCAUCAGUUUUAAGCUGGUCCUGGCUGAAAGCUCUCACUCUGACACAGGUUCCCAGUGCACCGAGAGCCACACAGAUCUUCCGCCUCCCAUUGAGAGGACAGGUGGCAUUGGAGACUCCCGGCCUCCAUCAUUCCACCCAAAUGCUGCCAGUAGUCGAGAUGGAUUGGACAAUGAAACAGGAACAGAGUCAGUUGUUAGCCACCGGCGAGACAGACAUCGACGCAGGACUAGAGAAGGGCAUGAAGAUGUCCCUCGGAUCAAUGGCCAUCCCAAACUAGACAGACACCGUGAGCACCCUCCUGGUUAUGACAGCUCCUCCACCAUGAUGAGCAGUGAGCUGGAAUCCAGCAGCUUCAUUGACUCCGAUGAUGAUGACAACACAAGCAGGUUGAGUAGCUCCACCGAGCAAAGUACUUCGUCCCGGCUCAUACGGAAGCAUAAACGCAGGAGGAGGAAACAAAGGAUGCGGCAGAUUGACAGGUCGUCGUCGUUCAGCAGCAUCACUGAUUCUACCAUGUCCCUAAAUAUCAUCACUGUCACGCUCAACAUGGAAAAGUAUAACUUCCUGGGGAUCAGCAUUGUAGGACAGAGCAAUGACCGGGGCGAUGGUGGCAUAUACAUUGGCUCUAUUAUGAAAGGAGGGGCUGUGGCAGCAGAUGGACGAAUUGAACCAGGAGACAUGCUUCUGCAGGUGAAUGACGUCAAUUUUGAGAACAUGAGCAAUGAUGAUGCAGUACGAGUUUUACGGGAAAUAGUCUCCAAGCCAGGACCCAUCAGCCUAACAGUAGCCAAAUGCUGGGACCCUACUCCCAGGAGUUAUUUCACCAUCCCCAGGGCUGAACCAGUGAGGCCAAUUGACCCUGCAGCAUGGAUCUCUCAUACCACAGCCAUGACGGGAGCGUACCCCCGUUACGGUAUGAGCCCCUCCAUGAGCAUCACCACAUCUACCAGCUCCUCACUAACAAGCUCAAUUCCCGAUUCGGAAAAAUUAGAAGAAUCCCCCUUAACUGUGAAGAGUGACAUGGCUACUAUUGUCAAGGUUAUGCAGCUACCAGACUCAGGCCUUGAAAUCCGGGACAGGAUGUGGUUAAAAAUUACCAUCUCCAAUGCAGUGAUAGGAGCAGAUGUGGUUGACUGGCUUUACACACAUGUGGAAGGCUUCAAAGACCGACGGGAGGCUAGAAAAUAUGCCAGCAGCAUGUUGAAACAUGGCUACCUCAGGCACACUGUGAACAAAAUCACCUUCUCAGAGCAGUGCUAUUAUGUCUUUGGAGACCUCUGUGGCAAUAUGGCUGCACUGAACCUUAACAAUGGUUCUAGUGGAGCCUCGGAUCAGGAUACGCUUGCCCCACUUCCACAUUCUGCUGCUCCCUGGCCAUUAGGCCAAGGAUACCCAUAUCAGUAUCCUCUGCCCCCUCCGUGUUUUCCACCAGCAUAUCAAGACCCAGGCUUCAGCUAUGGUAGUGGCAGUGCAGGGAGCCAGCAAAGUGAAGGAAGCAAAAGCAGCGGCUCGAACCGAAGCAACAGUGAGAACAGCAGGAGAGCUCUUGGCAGAGAGAAGGACCGCAAGUCGGCUGGCAGUGGCAGCGAGUCUGACCACACUGCCCGCAGCGGAGGUGGCGCCAGCAUAGUGCGUCGGGAAAGGCCUGUCAGCCAGCUCAGCCACCAGAGUCAUGUCUCUGCCACCCAGAGCGAGAGAAGCCACCACAGCCAUCACUCAUAUGGGCCUCCAGGAGUCCCACCCCUCUACAGUCUCCCCAAGCUGGCUUCCAAAGUCUACGGGACAAGCGGACCUCCUGGAGGGCCCCCAGUGAGGGAACUAAGCUCUGUUCCUCCAGAGCUGACAGGGAGCCGGCAGUCCUUCCAGAAGGCUAUGGGCAACCCUUGUGAAUUCUUUGUUGACAUCAUGUGAGAGGAAGUGCCUUCAGACUCUGCUUGGGGGGAGGGCUGGGGUGGGUUGUUUUUUUUGUGAGGGUGGGAUUUUGGUGUUGUUGAACACUUAACAGAAAAAACUUGGCUGUCUUGCAUGUCACACCUUCCUGGUUUGCAAUUGUGUGUUGCAGAAAACCCAACAAAACAAAACAAAAAACACACAAAAAACCAAAAAAGACAAGCAAAAAAAAAAUCUCCUGGGAUUGUUAAAUAUCAGCAAAUUGAUAUAUCAGCAUUUUUUUUUUUUACCCUUUUGUUUUUCUUCCCUUCUUGUUUCUGAUUGUGAUUGGCUGGUGUAUAUUCACAAUUUAAUGGUCUUUGGUAAUUGUCGCACCUGCUUUCAGUGCAAUUAGUGUGUCUUUUGGGCUGAUGUAAGGACUAAUAUUUUAUAUAACUUCCAAAUUUCUCAUAAUGCAUAGUAGCACCUUUAUUCACCCCCCUCCCCUUUUUCUCUUGCAAGAAAAAAAUGACUGUUGGCUAGUAUCUUUGAUACCUCCCUGCAAUGAUGUUUCUUGUCAGUCAGUGCUCUAAGCAGAUACGGCAUCUGAAAGUGUAUGGACAACAUGUGCUUGGAAAGGAUCAGGCUCAGACCAGUUUCCGGCAGAAGACAAGGCUCCGACUACCUUCCUCUGCUGACUAGGGAUUAUAAAUCAAUUUUAUUUUAUUUUAUUUUAUAGAUAUUAUCCUAUCAAGGGAGUGGUGGAGUCUUGCUAGUGUAUGUGUUCAUUGUACAGAACUUGUAAUAUUAUUUCAUUUAGUAUCAUAAUGGUGACUUUGUCAAUGCAGUCUGUUCCUGGGCAUUUCAGUCAUAUCCCUGCUGACAGAUGUGUCCAUUUUUUCUGGUUGUAGCACAUGCUUGCAUACUAGUUUUAAAAGCUGUUUCCACAGAAAUAGGACAAUUGCUGCUACCUCAUUCUGUUAGUGUAGCUGCAGCUCUUCCCUUUUAAAGGGAGUAUAUAUCCCAUUCUAGCGGAAAGGUAGGUGAAACCUUCCUCCCACUGGGACACGGAUAUUAGUUUUGAUCACCUCUUUCCAUUCUUCAUUUCUGAACAGUAUAUUUCUCUUUUUCCCAGCUUCAUCUCUGCAUUGAAAUAGAAACCUGGAGGUGGCUAAUCCCAAUUGCCAUGUUACCCAAGUGGACAUGCGUUGAACAUAAAUGGGGGCUAGCUGUUAGCAGAGAGGCAAGUGGGUGUUUUGAGAACAGUCCAUAAAUGGUGCAAUGAUUGAAUCUUUAUACCUGACAGAGCGAGACCUAUGCUAAAGAUCAUGUUCCUGCUAGGGAGCUUUGGCUUAAGAAACUGUUUUGUUGCAUAUCCCCAAGAUUUCAUUGCUGCAUGUUUUUGGCUCUAAGCCUAUGGGCACUUGAUAAAAUGUAUUCAGGAUCUUUUACUGAAGCUUAAGAAUCUUUUUCAAAAGCAUCUGAAUGAGGGCGUGUUAAGAGCACACCCACACCCAGUUAUGGAGGCUCAUCUAAUAGAAAAUAAUAUGUUAAUCUGCAGUCACUUAGUGGCGUUUGACAAUGGGGCUGUGCCUCAGUUAAAUCCUCCUUUGUGAGAUACCUAUUUCUGACAGGUUUUAGGGCAGGUGCUUUAAAAUCAGUCUUUACUGUAUAUAAGCAUUUCCUUCCCUGAUAAGCUUCUUUCUGUUAUGUUCUGUGCUUUAUGGAGAGUUUGAAUAUCCAAUAUGAAUGUCAGAAGAGUACAUCUUUCUUACUGUAUACAUGUAGUUUCAGGUUCCUUUGUCUUGUUGAAAAAAUAUUUUCAAACUGUCCAUUUCGUAUGUUGUUCGUUCUGUUUUGCUACUUCUGUUCAUAUGUUUUGCUACUUCUUCUAUUCUUUUUACAGAUUUGUGUGUAUAUAAGCAGAUAUCCCUUUUCCAAAACUCAGAAUAACAUUUUCAAGUGUUUGUGUUUCUUGGAGGCCUAAGUCUCAUUUUCGAAAGGAAUCUGUGCAAUUUAGGGAAUUGUGCCACUCAGAUAAGGUACCCAAAUUAUUGAGCUUCUAAACCGGCUGAGUGUUUUUGGUUACUUGCUCACCAAAAAUCCCCCCCGAAAGCUGUAUCACAUUUCAGACAGUGGUGCUUUCCUUAUAAUCUAUCUGCUGGGCUAUCAUAGAUUGCAAACUUGGUGAUGAUUUGUUCAAAAGAUUGAUACUAUCUAAAGCUUGACUGUGCAACAGUAUUCUUUCUAUUUCUUUUCUUCUUCCCCCACAAAUGCAGCAAAGACACUAACCAUUUGGAAAGACUCACAUUUAAAAUAAUGAAAUAAAUCAGGAUAAAAUCCUUUGUCUCCGAUGUCUCCAAAGACACUGUUACGGAGUCUGUGACUUUACUGACAAUCACUAGUGGUUCUACUUUUAAAUGAAUUUAACUAUUCUGAUCUCUUACUUACUAUGAUUUUUCUGUCCUACUUUGUCUUAAGGCAGAACUUGUAGGACAGAAGGAAAAGACUGUUGUUUUGAUAAGGUAUUUCCAAAAGGAUAAAGGCUGGGGGCUGAGCACCCAUGGAAGCCAACAUGUUUAAUUGCCUCACAUCUUUUGAGGAGUUGCAGUAUACAUACUUGCUUUUGUGUGUGUGUGUGUGUGUGUUGUGCUGUUGGCAGAAGCUGUUGUGUGUCUUGUUAGUGUUUGCUGCUAUGUUGAAACAACUGUAUUAUAUACUUCCAUGUGCGUGGGUAACUCUGAAAUGAGGCUAACAGUCCAUAACAGGGGUGUGGGAAAGCGUUUGUUUGCAGAGGAAAUCAGGCUGCUAAAUCCACCUUUGUCUGUGGCUUAGCAAUCCAUGUCUGACCUGAACUAGCUCCAUCCAAGAUCAGGCAUCUAUUUCGAGCAAAACAUUAAGUACUCUGAAUGUACUGACAGAUGUGCUAACGGUUGGCUAAUACUGUACAGCAUGUAGAGCCUGCUAUUUACAAAGAGCAAUAGAAUGUAGAUGCCCAUUCUGUGAACGGUGCAAUACACAAUGGCCACUGUGUGUAAACCAAAAGGCUUAUUUUUCCUGCUCUCUUGUAGCGCACAGAUGAGCUCCAGUGGAGGGGCUGGUUUGAGUGAAUGGAAAGCUGUCUGAAACAUUGCUAUCUAUUCAUUUUCAGAAGUGUAUGAAGACAGGAGAUUUCCCAAAUCCCAUCCUUACCUUUCAGUGCCUGUGCAUUUCUUCGUAAUAUGGGGGCCUUUGGGGCUUAACUGUGCAAGUCCCUACUUACUGCGUGAGGUACUACUCCCUGCAGAGAGAAGUGCCACUGAAGUCAAUGAAGUUACGUACAGUAGGAAGUAAUGUGCCAGGUGGAAAAGAAUUUGAAGGCUGGAGUCUGGCAGAACUGUCUGUUUGUUGUAUCAGGGCCUGAAAUAUAGCUCUCUUUUUAGUGUCGAGUAGCUGGCACUGGCUAGGCUCUAGAACGUAAGAUCUACCCUUACAGUUAAAAUGGGAAGUAAUGGGUUUGCUAUACAAGACAUUCAAACAGCCUCACAACAGGAGUCUUAAAUAGUGGACAUUUUUAUAAUUCUGCAAAUGAGACUUUCAGCGUUUGCCUGUGCUCUGCAGCUGGGCUCAAUAUUCACGCAUACCUGUCCACAGCUUUUAACAAGGACUAACAGGUAUGUUUGGAAGAUCAUAGAAAAUAAAUGUGCAAAAUAAACAGUUUGGGAUAACACCUCCUAUCUGAAUGUGGGGUAAGGCACUCAAUGUAUUAACUUUCCAAGGUGCAAGUUUUUUGGCAAACAGUCUUAAAAGUACUGCUGUUGUCUUUGACCUCCCAUUAAUAAAUUUACUUUUCAAAGGUUACAGUCCCCUAGACACUUUAUCCAAAGGUAUAUUGGAUGGCAAGCAGUGAUGCACAGACAUUGAUUUUCAUUAUUGUUUUUGUUCUAUUUGAAUGGCAGUUUCAUCUUGAAACUGACAGCUCAUGAGUUGAUGUAAUUGUUUUUGUUUUGCAUUUAACUGGAUUGUAAUGAGAUUGACUUAAAAGUAUUAAUUCUAAUCAGUGAUUAGAAAUACCUGUAAAGAAUUUUUAUGUACAGUAGAGAGAAAAAAGUUAAAUGAUUUUAAAUAAUGAAAACCCAGACUGUCACCUAUUCUAGAACUGGUUAUACUCCAAGAGUGACCUCUUACUAGCAUGGACUGCACUGUUCCUGUUAAAUGUCUAUUGCAUAAUUGAAUUCUUUUUUUUGUAGAUAUUGUAUUAAAACCCAAGUGUCUAUAUAGUUAAUAUAUAGCUGCUUAUGUGUAAAUGCUAUUUUAAACACUAAAAAGCUUUUAAUUUUAUGUGAUAA